AUGCGGAGUAGAAAAGAGAAGAAACUCUUCAUUGCAGAGAAGUCGACUGACUUCAUUGGCUCUAACUCACAAGAACAAGAUUUUAAGAGAAACUUGAAGAGAAAAGUUUCUAACCAGGUGGAUGAGGGUGCUGGUGGUAAAGCGAAGCAAAGUAGAAAAGAGUUAAAGGAUAUGGACCAAAGAGUUGACUUCAUUUCAGCAAUUCCUACUCACAUCAUCCAUCAUAUCUUAUCUCUUCUUCGUUGUAAGAAAGAUGCAGCUCGAACUAGUGCCCUGUCCAAGAGGUGGAGGGAUAUAUGGGCUUCUUUCUCAAUUUUGGAUUUUGAUGAGCGCAAAUUCCACCAAAAUCAAGAGGUAAAUUUUUGUGGUUUGUGUAGAAAAGAGCGUGGCUUAAUUGAGAAGGCAAGAGAGGACGAGAUCUUGAAGAAGAAAUUGAUGUUCAGGGAUUUUGUUGAUAACACCCUGCAGAGUUGCAUCGAACAAAAAUCUGGUUUGCAGAAAUUCGUGCUUCAUGUUACCUCCUUUGAUUUUCAGUUGGCUGACUGUUUGGAUCGGUGGAUAGGUUUUGCAACUGAAAGCACCAUCCAGGAGUUGGAUCUCUAUAUUCCACCCAAAAGUGGAUGUUACCGCAUUCCUCGAACUGUCUUUGCUACCAAGUCGAUAACUGACUUGAGGAUUUUUGGCGGCAGUCUGGGAACUUGUAAUGAUAUUAGGCUUUCCAUUUUGCGAAAACUGUGUCUAGGGAAACUCCGAGUCUGUGAAAAGAUAAUAAACAAUCUGCUCCUUAGCUGCCCCUCCAUUGAAGAUUUGAGACUCAUACAGUGCAGUGGCUUGAAAACUUUAAUGGUUUCUAGUAAUAAACUCAAUAGAGUUGAUCUUGACCGCUGCAAUGCGCUGAAGGAUGUUGAGCUUCAAGCGCCGCAUCUUCAAAGAUUUUGGUUUCGUGAGAAGAAAUCUGAAAUCUGCAAAAUCAACUUGGCCUUGUCUAAAUCUCUCAAAAGUUUGACAAUAGAAGAUGCCAAAAUGACUGAUGAUUUGUUUCAAAAUCAUCUUUCUAAUUUUCCUGUCCUUCAGCACCUGAUUUUAAGUAAAUGCAAUUCCUUAGAAAGUAUUACAAUCUCAAGUCAUCGGCUUGAGACAUUAGUCUUGAGAGAAUGUGCAAGGCUAAAAGAAGCUGAUAUCGACACUCCAAAUCUUCUUUCAUUUGAGUACAAGGGUCAUCAGAUGCCAUUUUCUUCUUUGAAUCCUUCAGGCCUGAAAGAGGCGAGGUUCUAUUUUGAACCUCAUCCAAUUCAUCAUCGACAGAGAGUUGGAUUCUUCAAAGGAGAUCAUGACUGCAUUUGGUUUGCUCCAAUGCAAAAAUUGCUUGAGAAGUUUGAUCUCUCUAAGGAUUUGAAAUUGGUGGUGCGUUACAAAAAGAAUGUCGUUAUUCAUGAAGAUUUGAGAGAUAUCCUGGUUCCUCCAAUCCAUGAUCUCAAGCUUGAAAUUGUCAAGCCAUCAACCAGUUUGGAAGAUCUAACAGACAAUUUGUUACGGACAUGGCGACCAGAGACACUAUUUGUUGUAUCAUCUGCAACUAGCGAUUUCUCUGUGCAACUAUAUAAGAAGAUGGUGGACAGAGGAGAUCCGGUCUGCUGUAAAUAUAACACGUCAAGCAAUAAAUGUUGGCGGCACUUUUUGAAGGAUGCUAACAUUGAGAAUCUUAGUGAUACUACAGAUACAUCUGACUGGAUUACCUGGCUGAGCAUCUCAGCUCAUCUCCUCCAUCUUUUAUCGUCUCAUAUGGAAAAUGGCAAGGAAGUUAGCAAGGAACCAUCGGGUGGGAGAAAGAAGAGUAGUAUAUUAGUUGGACCAUGGGGAGGACAUGGAGGGGAUAGCUGGGAUGAUGGGAUCUACCAUGGAGUGAGAGAAAUCAAACUUUUUUAUGAUCUUUGCAUCGACUCGAUUCAGGUGGUAUACGACAAGAAUGGUAAGCCUGUCACAGCAGAAAAACAUGGAGGUCUUGGUCCUCUUGGAGGCAGUAGAACAGCUGAGAUUAAGUUGCAAUAUCCAGAGGAGUACUUAACCAGUAUGAAUGGCCAUUACUGCCGAGUAGUUUAUGGUGGUAGUCCUGUGAUUCGAUCACUAACAUUCAUCAGCAACAAAAGAACGUUUGGACCAUUUGGAGUUGAAGAUGGAACACCAUUUACACUUACAAUGGAUGGAGCAUCGAUUGUGGGCUUCAAAGGUAGAAGUGGAUGGUAUCUUGAUGCCAUUGGGUUUCGUUUAUCUCGUAUUCAAUCCACCAAAAUCCUCCAAAAAUUUCAACAAAAGCUUCAAAGGCUCACCAGUGCGGUUUCAAAGUCCUCUGUCUCCAAGGAUGGUGAAAAAACCUAUUGA